AUGGCUUCUAUACAGCCGUCAACUUCUCUCUACGUUCGCUCGAUGCCUCUUUGCAGCACGUGUGCUAGUCCCAAUGCUCUCAAGCAAUCCUUGUCAUUAAACUCACGCCGGAGUUUCUCGUGGUGGUGGAAGCGUGGAACAACUGAUUGGUCUUCAAAUCUGGACGAUAGCUUCCAGCGUCAUUUGUUGCGAAAAGAGAGGCUGCUAAGAUACAAGUAUUCCAAAGCAAUUCGACGCCGCCAAUUAUGGGAUAGGGAUCCUUCACACAACGCCUCGAGGCCAUCAUGGGUUGGGUCAACGACAGCUUUGUCCGACUCACAUGAUGGACAAGCCUCAUCUUCUCAUUCAUCUCAAUCUGACUCUAGUUCGAUACCAAGGACGACAGGGCGACAAUCUCUCGACGACUUCGCCCAUUUCAAGGCUUGCGUUGACAGAGACCCAUUUGGUGCUGUAUUUGGACGCCGUCUGGCAAGCCCGCAGAAUCUGACCAACACAUCGUGGUCUUCCUUCUCCUGGAUAUUGAAAACCCCAUCUUCGAAAGAGAGUCAAGUGGCGACGCAAGAAUCUGCCAUGUCCAAUACUCCACCAUCCCCGGCGCCAGGUGGCAUUUCUUCUUCCAAUAUACGCACUGCAUCUCAGUCAGAUGAGAGGCUACCAGGUAAGGAUAAUCAUCGGUCAGCUCCGACGACCAAGCCUUCCACGAGGCCAAUCGAUAGUACUGAGCAACAAGAUGAAUACGAAUAUGAUCCUAUAUCCAUGCGAAAGGUUCUGAAGACCAAGCCUGUGAUGCAGCCGCCCGUUCAAGCCUUUAAACCUCUAUUUGACCCGCUCUUUGCAGAAAAGGGUAUGGACAUACCUGUCAAACCCUACAAACCGCACCGGGUUUUCGGCUAUUCGGCCAAAUCAAGCUCUAAGAAGGCCUGCUCGGAUCACCCUGCUUCCGAUACACAAGCAUUGGAGUUGAAGGCGGAAACCUCUAGACUUGCAGAGCUUCGUAAACUAAAGGCGGCGACUUUAGGUAAUAGCAUUGAUACCACCGCUGAGUACCAUGGCAAAUGGGUUUCACCAGCGGAAAAGGCAGAAAACAGGUCAAGAACGGCACCCGCUACCGAGUCAACAACUGACGAAGCACCUUUGUUCUCGGGUACCACUUAUGAAGCAAAGUCGAAGGACAUUUUUAGAGGAAUUGCAAGUCCUAAGCAGGAUUGGCUCAAUAGAGAAGGGUUCGGACCAGAGCAGGGUUCACCAACUACCGCUAUACAACCUACCACCAUAUCAGAUGCCGGAAAUGCAAAGACAACAUCAUCAGCAAAACUGCAGCCUUCAUUGGAUCGCUUACAAGCCAUACCCCAACCUUCAGAUAGAUUGAAGCCAUCACUGGAUCGUCUGACAGCAUCAAGCAAGAAGCCGACAACUGCUCAAACGUCCCCUAAGCAAGUGGAAACCACAGAUGAGGCACAUGAAUCCAUUAGCGAGGAUCUAGACCUAUUGAGAGCCAGCGAUAUCAGAGCCUCCACUAGGACCUCCCGCCGAAGUAAGCAGGACAGCGAGAAGGCUAAACAAGACCAACGUCAGAAGCUGGAGACUGAUUUCAACCUACGUCAAAAAGACGAUGAUGGUCUUUCCAUUGUCUUUCCUGAAGCGAUCAUGAAAUCUAGUAAGAGGCUUUCGGAGAGUCUCAACAGUCUUUGGCAUCGACUUUGGGCCCAGCAACCAGCGUCACUAAUUGAAAAGGUGCAGCCACCCAGCACCGUGGAGAAUUUCACCGUAGGAAACCUGGGCACAUCGGCCAAUCGCAAGGAACAAGGAGGACCAGUGGCUGACGCCAAAAUUGCUCCUAAAGCUUUGGAAUCCGCUACAAGCUCAAUUCAAACAUUCACGCCCUCAAAAGAAGUAUUAGACGCGGAGCAGAAGAGCAAGGAGAGGACCCUGGCGCUUAGAAAAGCCCGAAUCGAGGCAAUGAAACAGGAGGCUGAAAUGAAGGAGAAGGAGAAGGCUCUUGCUCAAACGAUCAAAGCAACGUACGAGGACGAGUACGGACCAAUUACUGUCGACCACCGGCAACACAAAGGUCUUGCACGGAUUGACCAAUUGGCAGAAACAAUCAAGGAAGCCAAUAUUCGAGCGGACCGUAAUGCUAUAAAGGACAUGAUCGCGCGAUGCGAGCAUGCUCUGCGUGAUGCUAAGCUGACGCGUGUGGAGGUCACGCAGAAGCUUAAGGCCAUACUUGCUCGUCUACCAUCUUCAAAAGUUAAAUUACAUCCUCCUCCUGUACGAAUGACUCCUGAUCCGAGAUCUUUCCAACCUGCAAGCAAAGAAAAUGUGGCAGCCAAAAAGCCUGCCGAACAGCCCGUACUGGAAGCCCAGCAAACUUCUUCUACCACCCAAAAGACUUCUUCAGGCAAAGCUCCUCUAUUGUACAAGGUUUUAGCGUACGACUCUUCCACUUUACAGAUGAACAUCGCUGAGACGACAUCUUCCAUGUCAGCAACCGGAGAUGGUGAAAUGCAACCGCUACAUCCAACCGAAGUUCUCUCACGUCUGAACAACGUCGCCAAAUUCCUGCCAUAUUUCGCGGACAUGGAGAAACAGGGCUAUGAGAUCGUGAGUGGAAGUGGUGAUGUGUUGGUCUUCAAGAGAGUCAGAACACCUAUGAUAUCUUCUGGGGGUCCUCCUCAACCGAGUAGUACAGCUAUGGAAGACUCGUCUUCAAGCCCAAGUCCGUCAUCUCAAACAUCCUCUCCCGCCGAAACAGUAGUAGAAUCCAUCGCCCCCAACGCCAGUGCCUCCAAAGUCCACCGCCAAGAGUCCGUCUUCAGCGGUUCAGGGCAGACAUGGCAUCAAGAAGAUACAGGAUCAAACAGCAGCUCCAACAAGGCGUCUACGGCUGAACCAGGCUGGUUUGGGAGGGCAGUCAAGCGCGUCUUCCUGGCUGGGACUUUAACCGCCGCGGUCGCUUAUACGAUUGGCGUUGUGGCGGAACAUGCGGGGGCGCAGGUGCAGGUGCAGGGGCAAGAGGGCAGUGGAAGUGGUAGGCCAAGGAGGGUGGGCAGAGCGGGGAUUUAUAGCACUGAGGAUUCGAGAUGA